UUGCACAAAUACAAUACCGAUGGAAUAGAAUGUAUAAUUCAUUGUUUGUUAUUUGUUGGUCUCUUCAUCCAAAAUAUUUUCGUAUGAGAGCCAUCAGGCCAGAACUUACAACUAUUGUUAAGAGAGAGGCCAGUUUGUUAUUUGAAUAUUUAUUUCCUAAUAAGGACAUAACAAGAUUUAGAAUGCAGUUGAUCGAUUGGACUAAUGAGGCAUAUCCGUUUGAUUUUGAUGGAAAUUGGGAUAACUAUUUAGUUGAGAAUCCUGUAUAUUUUUGGAAUAAUCUUCAAAAUGAAAAAACUGAUAGUUUUGAACAAAGUGUUCAGGUUAAUAGGACAAAUUCUGAUGAAGAAAAUAUAUCCGAUGUUGAAUUCGAUGAUGUAGACAAUGAUAAUGUUUUAGAACAAUCUGACGAAGAAAAUAUCAUGCAAACAAUUGAAAAUAUCAAUAAUUUUAAUGUUAAUGAUCAAAUCACUUUUAGUAACGCUAUGAUCGAAUCUUCUAUUCAAAAUACACAUACUAAUUAUAGAGUAACUUUGGAGAACUGGUUAUCUUUGGAAAAAAUUGAUAUUUAA